CUUCAACCUUCAGAUCUCACUUUUCACAACACUGCCUCUGCCUCCUCUCACUCUCAAGACUCUCUUGUGUGACUGUAUCUCUCACCUAUGUCACCUUCAACCUUCCCGGCUUCCCCUUUGGCCCUCCCCUACCAAUUGCAAACGAUUGCACCACUGCUGCAUUGCUUCUGCGCCACUGUCACGCCCUUGCUGCACUGCUUUAACGCCACUGCUGCGCCCCUGCUGCAUUGCUUCUGCGCCCUUACUGCACCGCUUCAGUGCCACUGUUGCGCCCUUGUUGCAUCACUUCUGCGCCUCUGCUGUGUCGCUACUGCACCACUUCUACGCCCUUGCUGCGCCACUACUACUCCCCUGCUACAAUGAUAAGAAGUUUAAAUAAUUUAUGAGUUGAUUU